ACUUUAGUCGAUCACAGCAUUCCUAGCACCAGCACAUAGUCUUUAUUGCGCUAGCCCUCGAACUCAAAAUGAAAUCAUUUCACGCGAUUAAAUGUUCGCUCUGCUGGGCCACCGUGUUUUUGGUAAUAUUGAACUUCAAUAAUGUGUCGGCCCUCGAAUGGAACGGCGCUGGAACCGAUACUCGUUGGGCACUUCAGUGUGAUUUCAUAGGCCGGGAUAUGAAAAACCAACUCAGUACCGGAGACCAAUGCGGAUCUCUUUGUAAAGCAAAUCCUCCUUGCAGCCAUUUCACGUGGACUAAUUAUCAAGGGGGGACGUGUUGGAUGAAAUCGGGUUUAGUGUCGGAAUUUGAUUCCGUGUCGAAAACAACCGACAGUGCAGUUUGCGGGUUUCUCAAAUCGACUACGGGUGUGCCUUCUAAUGCAUGGAACGACGCUGGAUCCUUAAAAUGGGCAUUGAAUUGCGAUUUCAUGGGUCGUGAUUUGGCAGCAGUAGCGAGCGCUCCUGAAACCUGCGGACCCACUUGUCAGUCUAAUCUGCAGUGCAGUCACUUUGUUUGGACGAAUUAUCAAGGGGGAACCUGCUGGUUAAAGAGGAGCGGCGCUUCUGAAUGCGAUGCAAUUGUUAAGUUGGAUUCUGGUGCUGUUUGUGGCUUCAUGAAGUACUAAUCAAUAGCUUAUUCUACUAUGUCUACUGCAUUUGCUUAUUGUACCAAUGUA